AUGAAUCUGCAUAAUACCAACUCCAGCAAGGAAUCACAAGAGGACCGGCAUGGAAGCGACCAAGAUCGUUUGCUUGAGUCGGAGAAGGGCUUCGAAAAUGAUGAAAGUUGGAGCAUAGAACGACGCAGGAAAAAAGAGCUGCUCCUGAGUAAUUGGCAAGGAUGGAUUCUGCUUUUAAUAGUAGUUUUUGCAUCUCUGCUACUUGGAUUCGGCACAAAUGAGCUUUACAGACAUAAUAAACUUAGUGAGGCACAGUGCACACAAAUGCUCUCCGGUUAUUCGCCUGCUCUUGAAGCAGUUGAAUAUAUCGACUAUCAAUUUCAAGGCGAGUUCUCGGAUUCCAACGUCUACAAGGGACGUCCUCGGCCAGAGUUGGAUGCAGCUUGGGAUCGUGCAUCUGCGCUCCAUGAAUUAUCGAUGGAGCCCAAGCAUCUCCCGCUCCUAAAUAAGUCGGAAACUGCCAUCCGCUACUCCCCAGAACAAGGAGGAGGUUAUAUGGUAGAGCUAGAGGUGUUUCAUCAGCUCCACUGCUUGAAUCUACUCCGAAAACAGAUAUAUCGCGAAUAUUAUAUGCGACCAGAGAACAUGCCUGCCAUGUUCGACGUACCCAAGAAGCUUCUAUACAAUCACAUCGACCACUGCGUUGAUACUAUCCGCCAACUUAUAAUGUGCACGGGAGAUGUGAGCCCAGUUACAGCAAACUGGGUAGUUACCCACCACCACCCGCAUCCUGACUUUAACACUCGCCAUAAAUGCCGCAAUUUUGACAAGUUAUUAGAAUGGGCAGAAGAGAGAGACCAUGGUGGAGUUGAAUUCCGCCCCGAUAGUACCUUGCUUCCUGCACCGCAUCUGUCCGAGACUUUUUGGGAUGUGGAACCUGAGGCUUCCGAGGCCUCUUAG